UAUAUCCUUGAAUAGGUUUCCCUAACACCAAAAUUACAUUUCACACAUAUUUGGUUCCUUGCAGAAGAAGAUGGAGAACAACAGCAGGAGUCCGCGAGAGGGUUGCAUGGAUUUUGCAGUUCACAGCCAAGUGAUAAAGAUUAAGGAAGAAAUUGAGAAAAUAAAGCACCCUUCACUUCAGCUACACAUGAGGCGUGCCCUUCUCAGAGAUGUCAACCGCCUCCGCUCUCGCUCACCCCUCGGAUUUGCAGACAGAGAGAGAGCUAUCCUUACUUAGAUGUUACAAACUUACACACACAUGUACAUAUAAAAAUACAGAGACUUCCCUUUCAAGGAAGUUUCAACUAUGAUAUUUUGUGUUUCUUCUUCCUAGCUUUCUAUGUGUUUCUGUACUUCCUUGUACAUGUUUUUGGUGGUAACGUUUACGACGUGGUUUCUCUCAAGUCUAUAACUCCCUUUUUUACUCAUAAUUUCUCCAUGUGUAUGGCUUUUUGCAAACGCUGGACUUCUUCCUAUAAGAUUUGGUUUUUUA